AUGUCGACCACGACUAUUACCGCCGUCCAAGAGACGGACCGUAGCAGAUUCAACUUCCAGCAUCGAUGGUUCGAAAGGACCCUCAAGCACUGGGAGGAGCGCACCAGCCCUUUCCGCGGCAAAAAGCUGAGCGUCAUGGAAGUCGGCUCUUUCGAGGGCGGCUCCGCGACGUGGAUUCUGGACAACCUGAUGGACCACCCAGAGUCGACGUUCACCGCCAUCGACACCUUCGGCGGGAGCAUGGAGUUCGAGAAUGACACGUACAAGGAGUUCGAGGCGUACGAUAUCCCCUCGCUGGAGAAGCGCUUCCGGUCCAACGUCGCAAAGUGCCGGCACGUCGACAAGCUGACCGUCAUCAAGCGGUCGAGCCUCGACGCGCUCGCCACCCUGAAGCACCAAGGCGCUCGUUUCGAUUUCAUUUACAUUGACGGAUCCCACGUCGCCUUUGACGUCUUGCACGACGCCGUUCUCGCCUGGGGCAUGCUCGAGGUUGGGGGCACCAUCGUCUUUGACGACUACACCUUGAACAGGUACAACGAGGAGAGCUACAACCCGGCGGUCGCGGUCGACGCGCUGAUCCGAUGUGCGGCUCCCCAGGCGCAAGCCUCCCAGGCGGGAUCUCAGAUGUGGGUCAAGAAGGUGCCUCAGCAAUUCCCGCCCACCCUCAACCCCGAGAGGGAAGUGAUCGUCGAAGACGACUGA